AUGUUACUUAAAAGGACUCCAUUAGGUGUUUUCAAAAUAAAAGGAUUACACCAAGCAUAUGGUGACGACUCGUAUCUGCAUAUGAGCCAAAAGCAUGACGAAACGUCUUGUGCUGCAGCCUCUCGUGGGAAAUCUGUGGUUGAUUUCACUGGCCGUUUAAUUAAUGGGAGUUUACGAUAUCGUACGUCUGAUGAGCUACAAUCAACUUUCUCAACACCGCCCCCACGGAACUCUCGAAAACGUGACAAAGACUCUGAUGAAUGUUCAACAACCUGGGCUUCAAGGUUAAAGCAACUUCCAUGUUAUCUACAGCUGCCUCCUAUAUCUCUACCUGCUCGACUAGAUGCAGUGGCUAUCGACUAUCUCCGAGAGCAUUCUCUUUCUUCCCCGAAGGCGAUCGAAGAUCGUUCUAAAAUUCUUACAAACUAUUUGUGGUCGCGCCCUCUUAUGUCUGAGGAAAAAGUUAUCCGUAAAUCGUCGAAAAUUGAGGACUCCGGGGACUUGGAUUCAUGGGACGAAGACGAAGGUCUGAUGUUCGCUCUGAAGAACUUUACUUCUCAACGUGAAGCCCAAAUUAGUAGAGAAUCGGAUUUAAAGUCAUGGAAAUCACUAAGUUACUCUGGGCAUACUUGUGAGCUGUACCUUGUCUCACGUUUGGCACCCAACUUUGCUACCGUUUGCCGCGUCUUGUACGAAAUCCGUAAACGAUGCCCAAGUUUUAUUCCAAAGUCAUUAUUUGAUUUUGGCUCUGGGCUCGGAACAGUCACCUGGGCGACAAACACAGUCUGGCCAGUUGGUUGCGUACGCCAUCAUUAUCUGGUGGAACCAUCAUUACAUAUGACACGAAUAUCGGAGUUUAUGUUUCAAAAGCAGGGGAGUGUUCAACCCUCUGAAUUUGUGUUUCCUGGUGUUUACCAUCGCCGCUUCAUGCCUAGUACCAAGAAUCAAUAUAAUUUGGUAGUCUGUGCUAACACUUUACUGGAAAUCCCAUGCAAAUCUUCUCGUUCACGUGUUAUUUCAUCAUUGUGGGAGAAAACAACUGAUUUUCUGGUCUUUAUUGAACAAGGAACAAAGUCCGGAUUUCAGGCAAUACUUGAAGCAAGGGACUUUUUGCGCACAAAUGGGGGACCUGAUGUUCAUAUUUUCAGUCCAUGUCCUCAUGUGCAGACUUGUGGAAAAAAGGAUUCCAACUGUAACAUUGUUGUACGAUAUUACAACUUUGGAUUAACGCGAGUAAGUAUUCAUUUAUUUGAUAUUGAACAAAGAAAUAGGAGAACCAUUGACCGAAUUCCAUAAUUUUUUAAAAUAUUUUGUUGAAUUAUUUAUCUUGUUGACUUUUAGAAGGGAUAAAUUAGUUAUAUGUCAAGUCUAAUGUUAGGAAAUUGUUGAUGUCUAUUGAGACUAUUUACUCUGAAGAAGUGGCUUACAUUAAGUCGCGAAACAUCAGAAAUACAAUUUUUCUACUCAUUAGGGUAUAACAAAAAUAUAUUUAUUAUGAAGUUGUUAAUAUUUCUUAUGAUGAAACUUGUCGAUCAAUAGCAUUUUCGUUCAGAUACACUGAACACAGUUAUUAUACAUUAUCAAGUUAAUGUUCAACUCUUUGUUAUGUGUAAAGCCCACAUUUAAAUCGUGUAGUUACUGUACACUCAACAAGAUAGUGUCUCAUCAUCAUUGUUUUUUACUGUGCACCCGACUGUUUAUUUUAUACCUUUCUAUAUUGUUUCACACUAAGUUAUAUAGAACUAUUUCGCUCAUUUUCCUUUAAUUCAAACGGUAGUAUUUUCUAAUGUUAUUGAUUUUCAGUUCAAAAGUGAACCGUCUAGCGAGCUCAUUUCUUAUUUGGUUGUAUCAAAGGGGGAUUGGCGAAGACAUCAAGUCCCAGUCGUAAAACCUGAACCUGACCAAUUGCCUCGGAUUGUUACUCAUAAACUAUUCAAACACGAUCAGCCCAUUCACGAUAUAUGUAUGCCUUCCGGUGCAGUUGAACGUGUUCUAUUCCCUAAACAACAGACUGAUGCGGAAAGAAUAUUAAGACUCAAUAUAGUUCACGAAGCAACAGUUCGAGGCUGUAUUAGUGGUAAUACAAGGGAAAGCAAUACUUGUUGAGAAAGGAAGAUAUUAUCUGAAUUGAACCAAUCCCAAUGAUUGGCAACCGGUGUUUACUAUAGGUAAGAUCAUCUAUUUGAAGCAAACUAAUACGUGAUAGAAAUCUCUUUACCGGUGAAAGAAAUAUAAAGUGACAUCGAACCACUCAAUUAUUAUUAUAUGUUUCUUCAUUCCUUUGUCAUUGCC